GACUGCAGCAAUGGAGCCGACGAAGAGGACUGUGUGGACGACGUUGGCUGGGCCGAGCUUUUAGACAAGGUGCUGCUCAGUGGCCUUGGUGGCAGGGCCAGGAACGGUGAGGCGGCCCCCAACUGCACGCUUGAUCAGUAUCCGGCAGAAUGCAGGUGUCUGGGGACCUCUGUGCGCUGCGAUGGCCAGGGCCUGCUUGCCGUUCCCCGGGUCUCCUCCAACUUGACGGAGCUAAAUCUGCAGAAGAAUAAGCUCUCCUUGCUGCUGGAGAAUCAGUUUAUCACCUACGGGAGGCUGGAGUACCUCUUCUUACAGGACAACAGGAUCCAGACCAUUGUGGCCUCGGCGUUUGCUGGGCUCUUCAAGCUCCAGAAGCUAUAUCUCAGUUUCAACAACAUCACGCAUCUGGAGCCUCUGGCCUUCCAGGACCUGCAUCUUCUUCAAUGGCUAAUUCUGGAUAACAACAAGAUAACCCAGAUCUCUCCCUCUGUUUUUAUGGGGCUCAAGUCGCUGGUAUAUUUGAACUUGCACAAGAACUCCCUGCAGGCCAUGCCCAAUGCUUCGGUUUGUGCAGAAAUGCCAGUGCUCGACUGGCUGGAUCUAGAGGAGAACCAGUUCCAGGCUCUGCAGAGUUCUGACUUCCAGGGAUGCAGCCAGCUCUCUGUUCUGGUUCUGAACCGGAAUAAGAUCAAACAGAUCCAGAAAGGGACAUUUUCCCGACUGAGUGGAUUGGUGGACCUUGACUUGUCCUCCAAUAGGAUCCAAGAACUCCUGCCAUCCGCUUUUGUGGGCCUGCACAAGCUACGGCAGCUAAAUAUUUCAAACAACCCUCUGCACCAAAUCUUUCUAGACGAAUUUGACAGCAUGCCACUCUUGCAGUCACUGAGCUUGGAAGGCCUGGAGAUCCCCAACAUCCACAGCCGCAUGUUUGAGAAACUCCGUUUUCUGUCUCACAUCUACUUUAAGAAGUUCCGGUACUGCAGCUUUGCCCCUCACGUCCGCAAGUGCAAGCCCAACACAGACGGGAUCUCCUCCCUUGAGAACCUCUUGGCCAACAUCAUCCUCCGGGUCUUCGUCUGGGUCAUCGCCUUCAUCACCUGCUUUGGGAACCUGUUUGUCAUCUUCAUGAGAUCUUUUGUGGUGACAGAGAACAGCAAGCACACCAUGGCUAUCAAGUCCCUCUGCUGUGCCGACUGCCUGAUGGGUGUCUAUCUCUUCUGCCUUGGCACUUUUGACCUCAUGUUCGCAGGAGAAUACAAUAAGCAUGCCCAGGCGUGGAUGGCGAGCGUUUCAUGCCAGCUGGUGGGCAGCCUGGCCAUGCUCUCCUCAGAAGUCUCGGUCCUCCUGCUGACCUACAUGACUCUGCAGAAAUACCUGUGCAUCGUCUUCCCCUUCAGCCGCUAUGGGGCCAGCAAGAAGAGGACCCGUUGCAUUCUGGUCCUCAUCUGGGUCCUGGGCUUCGUUUUGACGCUGGUGCCUUUCUUAUGCCUGGAGUCUUUCAGAAAGUUUUAUGGCGCAAAUGGGGUGUGUUUCCCUCUCCACUCUGAUGGGACCGAGAGCCAAAGUGCCCGGCGCUAUUCCACAGGGAUAUUUCUGGGCGUGAACCUUGUUGCCUUUGUCACCAUUGUGUUUGCCUACACCAGCAUGUUCUUCUCCAUCCAUACGACAGCAGCCAGGACGGCUGAGCGCAGCGUCUUCUCCAUGGAAGUGGCCGUUGCGAAGAGGUUCUUCUUCAUUGUCCUCACCAAUGCCCUCUGCUGGAUCCCCAUCUUCCUCCUCAAGACUUUUUUCUUACUCGAGAUGGAAAUCCCAGGCUCUGUGACAUCUUGGCUGGUCAUCUUUAUCCUCCCCAUCAACAGUGCAUUGAAUCCAAUCCUGUAUACCAUCACCACAACCUCCUUUAGAGAAAAGCUCAAGCAGUGUCUAGAGACAAACCGCACAUCUCUGCAGGAGACGCAAGGGAAAAGCUUCCUCUUGUUGUCCACACACACCACCACCGUCUGACUCCUGCCUGAGGGUGCUUGGGAGACCCAUGCAGCCCAUAAGCAACUUCCCCAACUGUUGAUGCCCACUUGGAUAGCGACAAUAAACCAUCUUAAGAACAGAGAGCAUCAAAGGGACCGAGCCUUGGCUCCCACACCCUCCAUCUGAGCCUUCAAAAUGUGUUCUUGAUUCCACCAGUUGCACCUGAACUCAAGAUAGUUGUCAGUGACAUGCAAGAAACUCAAAGGAAAACUGCUUUAAGAGGCAGAGGAGCAUCUUCCCAGGACUAGGCAGAAUUGGCUCCUCUGCUCCCCUCCAAUAUCUGGAAAAGACCCAAUGGUCCUCAAGGCAGACAGGCACCCCCACACACACCUGUUCAGAAGCACAACCUGCCUCUUCAACUCGAUUGUCUAAGUCAAUGAACAGAGGGAAGAGCACGGGUCAAACUGCUUUGGACUUUGAAAGAGCUGCAAGUUGAAACAGCCGAAGACCAUGGAUCUUCUUCCAGUCUCUUUUGACCUUUUCUGCUGCUUUGGAAGAACCAUUACUGCACAAAAAGACAACUGCCCAGUCCUUCUCGGCCUAUACACUCCUG